AUGGAGAGCAAAGGAAUUGCUGGUGAUGCAGGGGUUACACUGACCCCGGGAGACCGCUCCCAAGCCAUUGCUGCUUUGGCUGAAGAGCAGCAGGGCUGGCUAGAGAAGAAGCUCAAGCCGAAGACCAUGACCGCCCGCUAUCCAUUCACGGGGAAACCCUUGCUUUGGGCAACAUGUGGAUUUGGCAGCUUGGGUGAUGCCCUUUUCGGUUACAAUUCAGGUAUUAUGUCCGGUCUACUGGUGAAUUCGGUCUUCAUAUCUCGCUUUUUCAAAGACUAUGGGGGUGCCAAUGGAAGCACGGAUGGUGUAAACCCUUCGAUCACCGGUAUAUCUGUCGCAUGUCUGCAGGCUUCCGCAGCAGUAGGAUCACUACUGGCAGGUCGACUAGGUGACAUUAUCGGCCGUAAGAAGUGUGUUCGCAUUGGUGCCUUCAUAUAUUUCUUCAGCGCGUUCAUCCAAAUGUUUGCACCUGGAUUUGGUACCUUUGUGGCCGGUCGCACGAUUCAAGGAUUGGGCGUUGGGUUUUUAUCAAUGACCGUUCCUAUCAUUCAAACCGAGAUUGCUGCACCCCAUCGCCGAGGAUUAAUGGUGGGCAUUGAGUACACAUUCCUAAUUGCUGGCUACAUGCUGUCUUGCUGGGUUGACUAUGGGUUCUUCUUCGCCUUGCCGAGUGAUAUGUCUUGGCAGGGUCCGUUCAUCAUUCAGAUCAUCCUGUCGUUCAUUCUGCUUGCCGCGUCUUUCUUUCUCCCCGAAACGCCUCGUUGGCUUGCUAUGAAUGGUUUCAGCCAGGAGAGUCUGCAGACUAUUGCCGAUCUGCACUCUGAUGGAGACACACAGGCAGAACAUGUGCAAAAGGUCUACAUGGAGAUUCAAGAAGCAGUUAUCUAUGAGGCCCGUCAAGGAAAAUCAACCUGGAAGGAAAUGUUCACACGCUAUCGCAAGCGGACUAUCGUGGGAAUCACAGCCCAGAUGUAUGCCCAGAUCAACGGAAUCAACAUCAUUUCGUUUUAUCUUCCGAGCACUCUAGCUUCUGCCGGAUACAAUGAGAAGAAGUCACUGCUGCUCACUGCCGCGAAUUCACUGCCUUAUACUGCUGCGACUGUUGCAACUUGGUGGCUGGCAGACCGAUGGGGUCGAAAGCCACUGCUUCUUGUAGGAGGUCUCGGCAUGGCUGUCCUCUUAUCCAUUGUCUGUGUGUUUAACGAAGCUCCCUUGAGCAUUCAAAUGAAGGCAAACGGCCAGUAUGCCUUCGUCAUGCUGUAUAAUAUUCUCUACGGAUUCACCUGGGGACCAAUGCCUUGGCUCAUCCCCGCGGAGAUAUUCCCACUUCGUGGACGCAGUAAAGGAAUGGCCCUUGCUACGACAAGCAACUGGGUUUUCAACUUUAUUAUAGGCAUGGUAUCGCCGGACGCAUUCGCCGGUAUUCAUGGGUAUUUCUACCUCAUCAUCGCAUUCUUCUGUCUGUCUUCGGCGGUAGUGUCGCAUUUCUACUAUGUCGAGACGGCCGAUCAUACCCUGGAGGAAAUUGCUGUUGCCUUUGGCGAGAAGGCGUUUGCGAGCCCCGACAACGAGGUGAUGGAAAUUGCUCAUGACGAUUCUAAGUGUGACAAGGGGCAACAUCUAGCCUGA